UCAUUGUUGACCAAAGAGACUGAAGACAGAGCAACUGCAGAAAUGUUUUCGUUUAUUGGGAAAUUUUUCGGAGGCAACAACUCCCCACCUCCACCGAAACGUGACCCUCCAUUGUUUGAGGAGCCGUGGGCGAAAGUCAACUGGGGGGGCAAAAAUGAGUUGCUGCGUCAUGUGAGGGAGUUCAAACCUUCGAGAGAUGAGGUGCAGAAUGUGCGUGUUCUUCUGUAUGGGCCUGUGGGAGCCGGGAAGUCCAGUUUUGUGAACGCUGUGAGCUCUGCGGUCCAAGGCAGGCCAUCCAUUAUUGCUGCACCCAACGCCUCCACUGAUGGCACCAAGAGCUUCACUGUGGAGUACAAAACCCACAAAAUCAGAAAAGGAAAUGGAGCGCACUAUCCAUUUGUGUUCACUGACGUCAUGGGUCUGGAGAGUGGUGAAAGUGUUGGAGUUCGAGCUGAGGACCUCAAACUGGCCAUGAUGGGCCACGUGAAGGAAGGAUACAUGUUCAACCCUGUUUCUACGCUGUCGCAGACCAACACUCAGCACUAUAACCCCAGUCCCACUGCAAAUGACAAAGUGCACAUCCUAGUGUGUGUGCUCAAUGCAAAUUCUCCAGAUAUCAAGCCGUCUGUGCUUCAAAAGAUGAGGGAAAUCAGAGAAGCAGCUCGAGACCUGGGGAUUCCUCAGGUUGCCGUGGCCACACACAUUGAUCUCACAUGUGAAGAGGUCCAAAGAAAUCUGAAGAAUGUGUACAGGAGCAAAUACCUCAAACAAAAGCUGGGACAGUUCAGUGCUACUAUUGGAAUUCCUGUGAACUGCAUUUUCCCAGUGAAGAACUACGGUCAGCUGCUGGAAAACGAGGACAACAUGGACACGCUGAUCCUGAGCAUUCUCAAAAACAUGCUCUACUUUGCAGACGACUAUAUCGAUACAUUAUAGAAGUCUGAAUUACUUCACUUGUUUCCAUUUUACUAAAUAUCACAAAGGAAACAAAUAACUAAAUAUUAAAGUAUAUGUACAAUCACUUUUACACAUACACAAGGAUUAUGAUCUUUGAUUAUGAUGUGGAUUACUUAAUAUUGCUUUGUUGUAUUAUUGUUGUAUUGUAUUUUAGAGAACUGCACAACUGCUAAUAAUGACCAGUGGGGUUUCAUAGGUUUCAUAAUAAUGAAAAAUUGGAUACAUUACCUUAGCAAUCAACAAUAUAAAACAAAUAUGCUGUCUUUUGGUUACUGAAAAGUCUGCUGCUUGUAUAAUGUUGCCUGUAAGUAUCCCUGUAACAGGAAGCUGAACCCCCGUGUAUUAAAAUAUCAUGUUACAAAGACUUCAAAUUAACAAGUUUGUACCAUGUUGUAUACCAGUUGAAAUUUGUUGAAAGCUUUCAGAAAACUGCUGCCCUCUGCUGGCUUAACAAAAAACUAGAUAUUUCAU